AUGGUGAAGCAAGCGUUUUGCUCGUUGCCUCCUCAGAUCACGACGAGGUUGCCUGAAGCCUCAUCGGUUUCUGCCCCUUAUGUUCUUCUCGCUCACACAAGAGAAAAUGUUUACAUCUUUCAAUUGGUAAAAACAAUUGCUUCAUUUGCCUAUAAAUCAUUCCAUGUUUCUAUCGAUUGCUUCAAUUUCUUCCGUCUUCUGAUUUGCCUGUGUAUACUAUUGCUUCUGACUUUGCGAUUGCCAUUCUUUUUGUUGCCUGAUUCAUCCAUGGAAAUUAAUGUCAGGUACGUCUUCUUCAUUACCGGUGGUGGCUAUUAUAGCUUUGAGGAGAAAGAAGGAAGAAAAACUAAACGACUAAUGUAUUCAAUGGAAAAAAGGAAGAAACUGAAGGAACAAACUGAAAAUAUACCUGCUGUCGGUAAUGACUUCAGUGGCGUCGUCGGAGGAAGAAGAUGGGUUGCGGCGGAGGAAGGCGGGCGUCGUCGCUGGGCUUCGUCGCUGGGGUCGCCGACGGUGUCUUCCGUGGCGGCGUCGCUGGGAGGAGAGAAGAGAACAUGAUGCAAGGCAAGAAGAGUGGAAGGGAAGAAAAGAAAAGAGGUGGUCGAAUCGUUUAGGGCAAAUAGAAACGCGCAUUCGUUUUUAAUUUUCAGACUUUGUUUGCCAUCUGAAAAAACAAGAGGCAUUUUUAGUUUUAAGAGGUAAAAAUUAAUACACAAACAAACGCUCUGAAUCUUAAAUUUUAAGACAUUGCCUCUUAAUUUUGCAAUUAAGAGGUAAACAAACAGCCCCUAAGUCUUCAAGUGUGACAACCCG